AUCUUGUACAUUAACUAUCACUUUUUUGUUUACUUACUAAUAAUGAAAAAACCUCAGAACUGGACUAAUUUCUUAUCAGAUGAGGCAAAAUUAAGAAACCCCUCUGCUUUGAAAAAAUUACAUGUUCAUUUACGAAAACCUGGCGUAGUCUCACUAGGUGGGGGUUUACCUCAUCAAUCUGUUUUCCCAUGUAACAAUAUCUCAAUUGAUUAUCCAACUGUUGAAUCAAAUUUCACAAAUUUUGAAUCUGUUGCCUUGGGUGAACUACCAAACACUUCACUAUACGAAUCAUUACAAUAUGGUCCAUCAAUUGGCUCAACUUACCUAAGUAAAUGGGUCAAAACACACACUGCUUCAAUUCACAAUCCUCCUUAUAAAAAUUGGGAUACUAUCAUCACUGCUGGCUCAACUCAAUCUCUAGAUGCUGUCCUACGAACUAUUUGCAAUCAAAAUGAUACAAUUUUAAUAGAAGAACAAACUUACCCAACGGCUUUGGAGACAGCUAUUCCAUUUAAAUUAAAUGUUGUGCCAGUGGCUCUUGAUUCUGGUGGCAUCGUUGCUGAAAAACUAGAUAAUUUGUUGACUAAUUGGCACCUUUCUUCAAAAUCAAUUCCUAAACCUAAACUAAUAUAUACAAUGCCAACAGGCCAAAAUCCAACUGGUAUUACAAUGUCUCUAGAGAGAAGAAAACAAUUUUACCGAGUUUGUCAAAAACACGAUAUCCUAAUAGUUGAAGAUGAACCUUAUUAUUUUUUGCAAUUAGGAAGCCCAGUCAAAGGCGAGUUUACUUCGGAAAACUUUACAAAAAAUUUGGUUCCAAGUCUAUUAAGUCUUGAUACCGAUGGAAGAGUUGUUAGACUAGAUUCAUUUUCAAAAGUCAUGUUACCGGGCUCAAGAACUAGUUGGGUCACAGCAAAUGAAAUAUUCGUUGAACGAAUUUUAAGACAAAAUGAAGUGAACAUACAAACUGCUUCAGGUAUUUCCCAGCUAAUUAUUUACACAAUACUAACAAAAUGGGGCGACUUAGGCUACCUUAAAUGGCUAGAAAAAAUAAGACUAUUAUACACUUCCCGAAGAGAUUCCUUAAUGAAAUCCUUUGAGAAGUAUUUGCCAAAGGACUUAUGUUCGUGGAAUUGUCCAGCCAGUGGAAUGUUUUUGUGGAUAAAAAUUGAUAUUGAAAAGUUUCCCAAACCAAGCAAGGACUUUUCCGAAGAACAAUGGGCAUCUAUCUUUGAAGAGAAAGUUUACGAAAAAACAAUUGAUAAUAAUGUAAUUCUAGCUAAAGGUGGGUGGUUUAUUGUCCCACCAUCAGAAAAAUUGAAAACUGCUGGUUUCAGAGCUACAUAUGCCUCUGCUACUGUGGAGGACAUGAACAAAGCUGCUGAGAGAUUAGCCAAAACAUUGAUCGACCUUAAAAACGAGUUAUCUAGUUAGACAUGAUAAAUGUAAUGGUAUCAAAACCCACAUAAAAUAUAAAAAUAUAAAGAAAUAUAAAUUUUUAAUGCAUGUCAAUGCGCAAAUGCGCAUACAUGCAUAAUGUCUUCAAAUAAUAUGUAG